AUGGUUUAUAAAGGUGAAGGAGUGAGCAAAAGUUCACAACAACUUACUUAUUAAAGACGUUGCCAUAACAAUAUUAUAUUUUUUCUUACAACGAAACAAGCGAGCGAACUUUGUUUUCCAUGCUUUGAUUGAACAAUAUACAUCUGUCUGGAUUUGAAAAAUGUAGCACCAGAAUUAUUUAUACUUUACCAUUUUUUAUAUAAUAUUUUCAGUGCAAAAAUCCUCUAAUGACAAGCUGCAGUAGACAUAAAAUCAUGUGUUUAUGAUUUUCUAAAUUUGUUACAGGGAUGCAUAGGCCUAAUUUCUGUGCUUUUCAAAUGUUGUCAAUUCCAUUGCUAAAAUCUGUCACUUCUUUUGCAAUUAAGAGGAACUUGUAGUUAAGUUACCGUCUUCAGUACUAACUAGCGACUUUUAUCUGUUUAAUUAAAAUCUCCUCUAGUCCCUUAACACCUAACGACCACCUGAUACCCAGGCUAAGGUCAAAUUGUUAAAAAAAUUAACGCACUAUUUUUUAAUGUAAAUUUCUGAAUGUAUUGUUCUACAAAUCCAGACAUUAUAUUAAUUGUGUAUUACACAAAUCCAACUUAUUAUGACUUUUAAACUCCCGAAAUAAUGCCACUAGGGACCUUGAAAUGGCUGGCUAUCUUUAGUUCGCGAGAUCUUACAAAUCGUUCUUUCAGCGAGUCAUAUUGGCUUGUUUGCUAUGUUUGCAAGUCUAGUAAUUUCUUCAUUUUGUCUUGAAACGCACACGUGAAUUUGACUUCAAUUUUGCCUAUGAAAAAAACAAAAAAAAAAUUGGUAAAGUAUUUGGUUAUGCCAUAACAGAAGACGUGAAUACGGUCUGUCACGGAUUUAGAGUUGCUCUUCUGUGAUGAGGCAGAAUUAGUAUUUAUGAGGUCUAAGAAAUGUGUGUACAUUUUAUUUCGUUACUUUUCGAUAAUUUACUUUUUGUACUUUUAGGUCAAAUGGGUGGAGCCUAUUUCAGCCACCCGGGUGGUGGGGUGAACUACCUUUGCCUUCCAGAAGAUCCCAAGUAUGACAAGUACACAGGUAGCAGUAACGGAGUAACAUACCUUUACGGCACUGAAUAUCAGGUAUCAAGUACCCACCUUUUUGGUAAAAGGCUCCUAGAUUAUGAUGCACCAUGCGUUGUCUGCUUCGUCAAGUCACGUGGUUCAAUGCUGAUGGUGCCUGCUAAGAAUGACUGUCCUUCUGGAUGGACCGAGGAGUACCAUGGGUACCUGAUGACUAAUCUUUUUAAUUACCAGCAUUCAAACGACUUCAUCUGUGUCGACGGGGAUCCGGAGUAUGUGGCCGGUAGCCAAAGUAACAGGGAGGGUGCCUUGCUGUACCCAGUGCAAGUCGCUUGUGGUGGCUCAUCGCUCCCGUGCCCACCUUAUAUCAGCGGUCGAGAACUGACAUGCGCUGUGUGCACCAAGUGA